AAUCCAAUUACAGGUUAAAAUUAUGAAGGUUCAAUGACACGUUUCUUGGGUGAUGGUUGAUAAUGGGAUAAAGUGGUUGUAACUAAUAUGCGGUUAAAGGUUUUCCCGGUUUAAAGUUUCAUAGUGUUUUGGUGGAAAAUGUUUUGGAAGGAUGUGAGUUUGGAAAAAUGGUGAAGGCGUUCCGAACGCGAUGUGCGCUUGGAGGAUUGUUGCUGGCCUUGGGCGCCCUUACAGGAGUGCGAGGGCUGAUAGAAAUCGUGGAAGAGCAGAGAUGUCACGAUUACGAGUUCCGACUAACGUGCCGCGAUCUGGACACGCACAUAGCAGUUCUAGAUGCGUGGUACAUCGCCGGAGAGGACUACCACCGCCCUUCCAACGACACCCCUACUCACGCCAGUAUGAUAAGCACCGAGAACGAAUCUGAACUCGAUCGAGUUUUCGUGUAUUCUAGUCCCAAACACAACGGUGUUUACGAGUUGACGAACCAUUCCAUUAUUGAAAACAGUGAAAACUUUACCGCGUCGAAUAUGAGUUAUACAGGUGUAAAUUUAACUGAGUUGACAGUGAAUGAUAGUUUGAGUUUUAAUGACACUUUUGACAGUGUGGAUAUGUCAGUAGAGUUUGUGAAUGCGAGUGAAGGGUGCGGGGUGGAGACGUUUGCUCGCAGUUACGCGAGCUGGCACGAAGGUGAUAAACGAAGGAGGCCAGUGUCGAGGGCUUCGGCUAUGAACUUGCGAGCGCCGCUGAGUUAUAGAUGUACAGGAGUGAACCACUGCAGCUUCGUACUUGCGGAGGACUACCUUCCCUCAAGGAGCUGGUCUCCUGGAAUCGUGUAUAUCAAAUACGCCUGUUUUGAUGAUUUAGUUUCCAUCCACUACUGCAACCGGGAAGUAUCGAUAUCGGAACGGGGCCCGGAUAGCGAAGGUUACAUCCGAACUCCGGGGUAUCCGCACUUCUACGUCGAGGAUGAAUGCCGAUGGAAGCUGCGGGUUAAUCCGGAGCAGAGGAUCCGGCUUACGUUAUUGGACGUGGAUUUGAGGAGUAUAGGACCUUUUGAGGACUCUUGCACGGACUACGUAUCCGUAGAGGACUCCAACGGCAGCGUCCUCUUGUCGACAUGCCAGCAAGUGUUCUGGCCUCUGCAGCUGACAUCGACUGUGGACAGCGUAGAAGUGGUUGUUAAAGCUAACUCGAAGGGCGCCUUCCCUAAAAGGGGCGUGUUGUUACAUUAUAAAAGCAUAGGCUGUGUGACUAUGUCAGCGCCAUCUGACGGCUACUUGGUGUACCGCAACGAGAACGUCGCCCAUUACAUGUGCAAUGUAAACUUUGUUUUCGAAGACACAAAGCAGAGGGCGCGAGUUGUAUGGUGCUACGACGAUAAUAGGUGGAAUGAAACUCUACCUUCGUGUAUAGAGGAGGCGACUGCAAAGGUCGCCGGGGACACAAAGCUGCCGCACAACGAGGCUAACAUGAUAGUUGACAUCGUCAUUCCGUCGCUGCUUAUAGCGGCGCUGUUCAUUGGGAAUGCCUUCAUCGUGCUCAUCAUAUACAAAUAUAGAAAACGGAAAACCGAUGACCUUGAGGACGAAUUCAACACAAUACCUCUGAACGCGAACGGAAUCCACAGCGCGGGCAAUGCGGUCUAGCUGCCUAUGUUAAGUAACCCCAAUCGGUGAAGCUGUCACCCCCAUCAAUGAAGCUUAAACACUAGGAGCAUGAUGUAUCUUCAAACACUUCACAAGUGAACAGUGCUGAUUAUUUUUUACACAAAUCCGGUAUCCCUAGCAUAAGAUUUGAACAUUCAUAUUGUCGUUUUGAGCAUAGAAACACUGUAAGUUUUUCUAUAUAUUGAUUUAUUUGAAAUCUGCGAUUCGCUUAAGCUGCUCCAGUAUCAGAGGAAUGGAAAUUGCGACUCUAAAAUGAGUUUUUACUAUAAGUUUAGUGUUUCAAUUCUUCAAAACGCCUUUACGAUUGCGAGCUUUCAAAUCUUAUACUAAAUUUACUGAGCUAUAACUAAAGUGACAGAUCUAAAGCGCUGUAAAAAUGGUUUAUUAUUUUAUUAUUCAACAAUACAAAGCGUAAUUAUGAAUUUACAGUAAUAAAUAUACUUACCGUUUCGGAAAAUAAAGUUAUACAAACAGGUUUAAUUUUUGUGAUCGCCAUCUCCCAAAGAAGGCACUUUUUGUUGCGACAUGGACACUGCAACUGGCAAACAGCUUUGAAUAUUUUAGUGUCGUAUAAUUCAUAAAAAAAAUAAUCGUUUCAUAUAAAGACACUUUGGUGUCCAGUUGUUUACAAUAGACACAGGCCAAUCGAAAGUAGACAUACACAGGCUACAUAAAUUGUUUUCCAUACAUUAUAGUCUUCCAAAAGUCUCCCCUAUACUUAUGUUUUGGUGUCCAGUGGAAGUAACCUGGUAGCAGUGCCAAGGAAUAACUGGACUAUGCAACCACACUUUUAUGGUUGAGUACCAUGUCACUAACAAUGAGGAUAUAUGUUUGAGUAGCGCCUUAAUACUAUUGCAGUACGGUUAUCUACCGCAAACGGUUGUACCUGCUAACAGCAAAAUCGAUUAUAGUCUCUCCGGCGGAGCCUUAUUCAAUCGACAGCUUAUAAUGGCACGACAGGUGACAAAAACUUUAUAGAAAUGCGGUAAGUUGUUACCCUAUUUCAUGUUUCUAAACCUAAUUAUCGUGUAUAAUCACACCGUACUAGUAAGCUGCGGAAAGUGGCCAACGUAGCAGCAAAGACACACUUGUGCUUUUGCCUGUAUACAGUAAAACCUAAAAUAUAAGUUCGAUAGCAGUUUACCAUAAGCAACAAUAAUCGAAUCAGAUACACCAAAAAUAAUACUAUCGUAACUUUGUAAAAUUGGUAGUCUCGUUUCGAAUGAUUUAAUAGCAUAUAUUAGACCAUUCAUAUUUUGGGUGAAACUGUACCUACUUAAAAUCACAAAAUCUUGUAAAUAAACGUGGGGCUAACCGUAGUGCUUGACAGCACAAUGUAACAGCUAUUUGGCAUUUAGUGUAACAUAAGAUUUGUGUACGUAUAUAAAUCAGCAUUUUUUUAAUGUUACCAUUUUUUUUAGUACUCUUGAAAUACUAAUUUAAAAUACACAUAUGUGGAAAUUCAGAUCUGUGUUUUUUUUUAUUUUAAUUUUUAAUUAGGUUAUUUGAUAAUUGUAUAAUACCUAGGAGAUUAUUAAUUUAAAAGAUAAUUAAGAAAAACAGUUGUUGGUAAAAAGUGUAAAUCGAGAUUCCAUUUAGGUAGAUGUAGCUUGCUUAUGUAGACUUAAGCCGUAUUCACUUUAGUGUCUUUUGUCUUUUCGCACCUGAUGACUGUAAACUGCUGGGCAUAGGGAUUCGCACUUAUCAUGGUAUUGUUCCACUUGUAUCUGGCUCCCUGGUACUCAUUUUAUGUCGUCUGUCUAUCUUAAAGUAAAAUACCAAAGCAAUGCAGAAAAUUGGGGCUCCAACGCCCUCUGAACUACGUGACCCUAGGUGGAAAAUUUCCUUUACUUUGUACAUAAGGCUAACGCCCCAGCUGAUGGUCACAAGGUCGAGUUUCAGCACACACUACUAAGAUUUCUAAGUUACGUGCGUUUUAUGCAAUUAAAAUAUCCCUUGCUUCAACUGUGAAGGAAAACAUCAAGUGACCUUCGGCCUACCUUUUUUCAUGUGUGGGAUACUUGUGCCCAGCAGUGGGCCGGUGAUGGUUUGAUAUGAUGACGAUGAUGAUAUGAAAAGCAUAACGGUUACGCUAGACCUAAUGAUAAGGGUUUAAUGCACGCUUUUUUAUACAAUUGUCAGCUCCUGUCGUCCUUCUGAUACAUCAUGACACAAAUAGACACUAAUGUGUAUUAAAUGGCCUAACUAUUCUUUGUCAUUUACCAAUACAUUACCAAAGAUCGACUUUAAUUUCAGUAUGAACUUAUAUUUUCAGCGAUAUCUUAGAGCACUAUUUAACGGAAAAUACUAGAACCAUCCUUCAUGUGUCUAUAUUCGUGUCUAAAGUAUUUUUGUCGUCUUACAACGUUGAUCCAGUUUUAGUGUCUAUAAUUAUGUCAAUCUGUCUUACUGUCACCUACAAUUCAUACAAAAAGAAAAGUAAUAGAAGUAGAAAAAUGUGAAGAAAAUAAUGAAUAAUUUGAUUUAAGAAUACCCCUACAGCGAUGGUGCGACACGGUGUGGAAGCGGUAUCAACCGCUUUUCCGGCCACUCACUCCAGCAAAAGAAAAAGCGUUUUCAAAACUGCAAUGUAUUUUUUUUAUAUCAUUAUAGUGUAGAAGUCGAUAAUUUUGAAUAUAAUCUAGAAUUUCUAGAUCGGAAAGAUCGGCUGUCAAUGUAUGCCGAUAAAGUACUGACCGUGUCUAUAAAUAUUUAAAUAAGGAAUCAAAAUCGGAUUCAGCAAAAUUUCUUUUUUUUCAAUAAUGUUUAUAAACAUACCUUUAAAACUUAGAAUAAAUUAUGGUUUCGUUUGAAUAUUAUACAAUUUUCUCAAUUAAGAUGGAAAUGUAAUAACAAUCGAUAAGAGUGUCGACGGAUUACACGCGACGUGUAUUUAAAUCAAAUGUCACUUUGUCGUACCAACAACGAUGAGUUUCCGCCCUUGAUACCAACCCUUUCAAAAAUGUCCAUAAAACAUGUGUAACGCGGAAUACAAAUGUGAUGAUUAGCACAAACAAACAAAACAAAACUUUGGGGUCCGUACGAAUAUUUGACGUGAUUACCAGUGAGAUGUUAUUUCCAAGUAAGUAUACAUCAGCACGGCUAGAAUAAGCAGGACCCAAAAAUAAUAUCUCCGAUUAUAUCCACCGACAGGGGAUAAAAUUUACUUGAUCUCCUGCCAAAACAUGGGAACAAGGAAAAAGAGAACAUAACACGGGUGGAAAUAUUUGGAUAUUAUUUCAACCGUGUGCUGACGCUCGGAGUGUAGUGUAGAAAUCAGGGAGGUGAUAUUAAUUUUGUCUCCAUGGAGGAAAUGUCUUCUGCCCGUGCUAGACGUGCUGAAGUCAAAAACUGACCCACUGAUGCAAUCAUUAGCAAUAUCAAACUGUGAAUGACUUCGAAACAGGGUCGGAGCAUAAAAUCUCAGUCACUCAGCGGGUGAAGAAGGAAGAUAUGGCGUGGCCUAUCUCUCCGUGAUCAAAUCAGAAAGGGCGGGCGUUUCGUAUUCGUAGCAAAGAACCAAGAAUUGGUUCUUGGUUCUUGGUUUUAAUCAAAUCUCAACGAUUUCCAACCUAACAUGGAAUUGAGAGGUUUACCGAUUAGGGUUAAGGUUCUAAGGUGCUGGAGUGGCAAACCCUUACCAAGAUAGCACCUCGUUGGGAGACUCAAUACUAAUUUGACAGACGAUACGAAUCAAGGAGUUGUACGAUAUAAGCAGCACGAGACCGAGAAGUAUGAAAACCUACUACAUUACAAAGGAUUUACGUCCAGCGGCGGACCUUGUAUCGGUUAAAACAAUGAAUUUUGAACUUUUUUACAUCUCAUUUCACAAUUAUUUUACUGAUUGUAAUGUUUCUCUUUUAAUCAGCGUUUAUCAUGCACGACAUAAUCAUGCUAACAUUUACAGAAGUGUUAGUAAGUGCAAAUAUAAGAUUACAAAUAAGUACUGGUUGGAUAGACGCUCUCUAAAGGAAAUAACAUCUCAUUGAAUUUUGCCCUCUCGUGGUUUUCGAAUUAAAAAGUUAUGAACACACAAGUUAUUCGGUAAAAUCCUAAAAUAACUGUGUAUUUACAUCUCCAUCGCAUGAAUAAGUAAACAAAUUUCAAUUUAUUACGCAUUUUCUGCCAUAUCUACUACAGAAGUUAGCUAUCUAUGUGUGUAGUAUUUUCCACAUAAAACGGGCUAUCAGAAGUUGGCUUGAUCGCAAUUCGUAGGUCAGCUUCUGAUCAUUGUUGAAAGUACGCCCACGUAAAAUUACCCAAGUCGCGUAUUCACUAAAACCCACAAACCAGCAAAAAUUUGCUUUAUUAUAGAGCGUUUUAGAGGCUUGAAAUUAUUGGAGUUAACAGUUCUGAUAUUAGGCGGUGCGGAGCGUGCGUCUGGAAGUUUUCUUACAGAUACAAUCUAACAAGAUGCAGCCAGCUUAAUAGAGGUCCAAUGUCAGUCAGUCAGGAAUCACUGCGAUGCCUUUGCCAUCAUCACUUUGUCGCUGUCAAAAUUCCUUGCUUCACUUGUAGGUGACAUGUACGAGUAUGUCCGCUAAAUGUAUGCCUUGGAUAUUAUCGUAAUCAGUAUUCGCGUCAACAUACUUGUAUAGAUAUUCUUUACUCUGUGCUCUUUUAAUAUCUGUGACCUGUAAAUCCUAAUUUAAUACGUUUAUAGAUCAUAAUAAUUAAGAACUGUUGAAAUUCCAGUUCAAAAUCUAAUACUUAGAAGUUAACUUUAGAGUAUCUGACCUUCGGAACCCGUAGACUGAAGACUAAAACUUUACAAAUAAGUAGUAAAAAUCUAACCUCAAAAUAGAUAAGUCCGAAUGAUACUUCACCGAAAGUUUGAAAUAACGAAUAAUAAGUAUUCUUUAUCAUGCCUAAACCAAGAAAUGAAUAUCGAGUGUGCGCAAUAAGUAACGUACUAUAUCUUGAUACCUAUGAUAAUAAGUUUAAACUGCUUGAAACGGUUUACCUGUGGUCAAGAAAAUUUUGAAAGAUCGCACCCCGUUUGUUCUCUCCUUAGCUGCUAUCUGCGAGAUCGAAGAAAAUUGGUCAAUCAACCCGGUCAACGCUUACACAAGAAAACAGCUGAUUAACUGGUUAAUUGAAUUUCCUGGUUUAAGAAUCGUACGUAAAUUAACGGAGUUUUACGAUUUGUUUUGUCUCAUAUCGAGGCUAAACUAUUAUUUAGUCUGCGGGGACCCUGCUAAUUAGAUUUCCUAGAUGUUAAGUAAGAACUGAUAAAUAGUAUAUUGAUUACUCUUGAGUUAUAUAUGUCGAUAUUUUCUGAUUGUAGUCGCACAUGUGGUAACUGCCCUAAUUUAAUUACGUCAAUUAAUUACUGGUCAUGCUUCUUAGUUGUAACUAGCUAAGUCCUUCGGUUUCGUCUCGAAAUUGUUAAUGUUUUUGUAUGUAUUUGGCGGAGUCUGUAUAGAUUAUAUAAUGAAUAAAGGCACUAUCUUUA